GCUCAGACGUUGGUAGCAACGUCCCAGCAUCUGACUCUGGUUAUUACACGCAUCAAACACUGUCAGUCCUGAGUAACGAGCCCGGCCGUGUCCAACAAGAGCUUCCAGCAGGACUUCUCGACCAAACAAAGAAUCUGAAUGUCGAUCGUUCACCCACUGGAUCGCAAGUUAUGCUGCGCAGAACAUCGGAUCAAAUAUCUGUUUUGUCACAUCACAGCAGUCGAAGUGGAGGUCACAAACAACUAUUUCCUUGUCGCGAACCUGGCUGUUCCGAAUUCUCGAAAUGUGCGUCUGAACAGAAGUAUGAAGCACAUGUUGAAGCACAAGAAGAAUUUCGUCUGCGGCGAAACAGGUUGCAAGAGGAGUGGCAAGGGUUUCUCAACCAUCAAUGAUCUCGACCGUCACAGGAAAAGCGUGCACAAGAUCAACACUACCAAGUCAAUUUCUUACCAGUGCGCAGCUUCUGCUUGUGCGAACAAAGACAAAAUCUGGCCACGUUUGGAUAAUUUCAAACAACAUGUUGAGCGUAUGCAUAAAGAGGAUGACAUGUGUGAGCUUAUCAAACUGUCGGAGUGCCAUCUCCAAGAGGCACCUGAGGCACAACAGCCCUUGUCAGUGGAUCCAGCGUUGCUUGCAGGCAUUGGUGACCUCAACCACAGUCUGAUUGCAACAAGCGCAUAUGGCUUAGCCUACCACUCACCCAUGUCGUUUAAUACGACCUCGAUGUCGAGUGUCUCUGAGGUUUCCCCGAGUACGACGCCAUUCAACCUGUCUGUCUCGCAACUUGGCGCACCACCAUCCAUGGGCGAUGCCGCCAAUACGCGAAGACAAGACAGUGCUGCCUUAUCAAGGACCGUCUCAAGUACAUCAGCUGAUCGUCUAAGGUCUACAAAAGCAUUGCCCUCUGUCGUAGCUUCGACAUUGACUUCGAUGCGCGGUCAAUCCAACAAUUGCGAGUCGACACCGAAGUUGCAGCUUUCAACUGCGCCUCAGACAAAGGCUGAACAGCAAAUUCAGGCACUUGAAAAGUUUUCGAAGGCCAACAUCAACAUCGAUGAGAUUAUGCAACUCGUUCUUGGUGCCCAGCAGCAGCAGAAUAGCAGUAGCAGGGGUGAGCAUGCCGACAUUGAGCGGCGCCAAACAUUGCAAGCAAUUGCAGAUCUCUUGAAACCGAAGCCCAAGCCUAUGCGGCUGCAGAAGCGUGGUCUGAACCAAGGGUCUACACCCGGGACCCGGCAAUGCGACUACGAGGGCUGUAAUGUCUUCGGUCGACCGUGUGACCUGAACAAACACAAGAAACGGCACGAGAAACCUUAUGGUUGCACGUACCCAAAAUGCCCCAAGAUCUUCGGCGCCAAGUCAGACUGGAAGCGUCAUGAGAACUCUCAGCACUUUCAACUGGAAGCUUUUCGUUGUGAUCUGGCGAACAAGGCUGGUAAGAAAUGUGGACAGCAUUGUUACCGCCCAAUGCAGUUUCAAAAACAUAUUGAAGAGAAGCAUAAGAUCACGCCCGGCACUCAGGUCAAGGUGCACCUACAGCGCUGUAGGAUAGGCAAGAAUUGCCAAGAUCAGUUUUGGUGUGGCUUUUGUGGAAAGAUCAUCACCCUCGCGAGCAAGCGCAAUGCUGCCUGGGAUGAACGAUUCGACCAUAUUGCACGUCACUUCGAGAGGGAACAGAAGCGAAUUGAUACAUGGCUUUGUGUUGAAGAAAACAAGACCAAGAAGCAGUUGCAUGAUGACAUGGAUCGCAGAAAUUUCGCGGACGAGGACGUGGGUGAGAAUGAGGCAGAUCACGGCCUGAAAGGUGACGACGAGCUUGUCUCGCAAAUGGACCGGUCAUCAGCGGAAACAUAUCAGCCACCUACACACGACGACUCAAGGAAACGAACAAUCGUAAGCAAUCCUUCGAGGGCUCAGCCCCCUGUGGAGAAGCCCAAUCCAACUAUUCUUUGGAGCUGUUGCAAAUGCCACGAUGGUCCUUUCACCUACUCGGUGCAUUUGAGUUGUGCAGAGUGCUCGAAUGCCUUUUGUGAUCGCUGUCCUCGUUUCUACGCAGAUGACAAUGAGUUCUAGUUGCGGAGCCCCUUUGCCACGAUUUUAUACUUGUACAGCUUGCGUUCCGUAGUUGAAGAACACAUUGAGAUCCUACACCAGGUUACCUGUUGCUCGACAAUUGCACUUCUGAAUUGAUUGCGA